CCGCUAGUCUUCGCAAUGUCAGGCCGCGACAGGGACCGAGACCGUGAUAGAGAACGCAGGCGCGACAGAGAUAUUCACGACCGCGACCGAGAGCGAGACAGAGAAAGGGAACGGACGCGCAGCAAGAGAUCUCGCACUCCGGAGCGCACCCGAUCUCGUCACACGCGCUCUUCUACACGUUCCCCUGACCGUGAGCGGUACCGUUCACUCUCCCGUUCUCGUACGCGCUCUCCGGAACGGUCCUCUCACCGUCAUCCCCGGCACCGGCACCGAACACCAUCAGCUGAGCCCCCUAGGAAACGUCACCGCCACCAAAGCGAGGAAAGGGAGAAGGAUAGGCAAAAGGCAGUGUCGGAUUUUGUGGACGAGAUAGCUAAAGAGCAGCAGCAAAAGAAAGGAAACCUUAAUAAUGAGAAUGGGGAUGCAGGAGAGGAGGAUGAGAUGGAGAUGAUGAAGAAGUUUGGGAUUCCAGUUGGUUUUGAUUCCACCAAAGGGAAACAUGUACCCGGAGCCGAUGUCAGUGGAGUUAGGGCUGUCACUAAGAGGCAGCCCAGGCAGUAUAUGAAUCGAAGAGGCGGGUUUAAUCGACCCUUGCCUGCUGAGCGCAACCGCUAGAAUUGAUUAAUGGAUGAAAGCAUUUUCAAGGGUAGUCGUCUUCCUAGCACUCGGAUUGGCCAUCCAUUUUUAGUGCUGCUAGCAUGAAAAGCAAGGCUACAUUUAGUGAUAUUUGAUUACAGAGAACUCAAACAACAUUCAUCUUGGAAGACGUUAAAGCUUGGCAAGUUAAUUAUAAGGUUUAAACAGUGUAUGUGCUUGACUCUUUGAUGCACUAUGCUAAGGUAUACAUUUAAGAUAAAAUGAAUGCAAGAUUUUUUGGAA